UGACACGACUUGCCUUAACUGUGCGAGCAGCACAAUGGAAUUAAUCCCUGUGAUCUCAUCAGCGGGUCUGGUGUGCUGGGAGUAGGGGCCUGGAGAUGAUGUAGCCGCAUCCACCCCUGAUAUUCACUCAUUCAUGCAACAUUUUCAGUGGAAAAGUAACAUCCACCUGUUUUUCAAAUUUGCCUUUAACAGUCAUAAAACUGAAAACCCCUUUUUCCCAGUUCAUGUUAAGUUAGUUUGUUAGUUUGUCCGCCUCAUCAUGCCAGCUUGGUGUGUCAUCGGUCUGAUGCUGAUUCUGACGGCGUUCUGUAACGGCGUGGACAGACACUACUACAUCGGCUGUGUGGAGGUCCUGUGGGACUACGCGCCAUCCGGGGAUCUUGUGACGCCCACAAAAUUCAACAUCACAAGCCCGUCCAAAUACUAUCUCUAUCAGGGCCACAACCUGCUGGGGCGGGUGUACAAGAAGGCGGUGUACAAGCAGUACACAGAUGCCACGUAUUCUGUGGAGAUUGAGAAGCCCAAAUGGCUCGGCUUCCUUGGUCCCAUAUUGAAGGGAGAGGAGGGGGACACGCUCCUGCUUCACUUCAAGAACUUCGCCACCCAGAGGUAUUCCAUGCAUCCACACGGGCUGCUGUACAACAAGACGAGUGAAGGUGCUAAGUACCACGAUGGCUACCAUAACAUGACCUCGGAUGACCUUGUGUGGCCCGGGGGGUCCCACACGUACCGGUGGGAGAUCAACAAGCAGGCCAGCCCCAGCCCCCAGAGUCCGGACUGCAUAUCCUGGAUCUACCACUCUCACGUCGUCCCCACCAACGACACCAACGCCGGCCUCGUCGGCUUCAUCUACACCUGCAAACCAGGCAUCCUGGACAAGGCGCCGAGUGGGCGCCAAUACGCCAUCUAUGCCAGUCAGAUGGAUGAGAACAGAAGCUGGUACAUGCAGGACAACCUCCACAGAUUCGGCGGCAACAUCAGCACCAUCAACAAGGUCAACGUCAGGGACAACCGGUUCCGACGUUGGAAUACAAUGCCAGCUCUCAAUGGCUACGUUUACGGCAACCUCCCCGGCCUUGACGCCUGUGUGGGGGAAACCGUCACGUUUCACUUUGCUGCCAUGGGUCACGCCAAAGAUAUGCACCAGCUAGCCAUCAGCGGCCAUUCUUUCAAACAGUUUGGUCACAUUCGCAACUCCAUCAGCCUGGAGGUGGCCCAGUUCGCCACGGUGACGGUCAAGGCGCUGGCCGUGGGGCGCUGGCUGCUGUACGAUGAGGUCAUGGCAAACUUUGUGGAUGGCAUGACCGCCUUCUUCAAUGUCGGGACGUGCAGCCAUAUCCGGUUUAAACCCAAGAUGGUGCCACCUCGAAAUGUCCGGCGCUACUAUAUAGCUGCAGAGGAGAUUCUAUGGAAUUAUGCCCCCUCCCACACAAAUAAAUACGAAGGAGGGACAUUACGAAACGGGAGAUCUAAAAUUUAUUUCGAGAAGAACCGUACAAGGAUCGGCGGCACAUACAAGAAGGCCGUCUUCACUGGGUACACGGACACAUCGUUCAAAAUACAGAAACAGCGGUCCCCGAGUGAAGAACACCUUGGUUUUCUCGGUCCCGUCAUUAAAGCGGAGGUAGGGGACGCCAUUGAAGUACACUUCCUGAAUCGGGCGAGUCGGCCCUACUCGCUACAUCCACACGGUGUGCAGUGUGAUAAGGACAACGAAGGGAUGUUGUAUAACGACAACCACCCAGAGACGUCCAAAAAGUUCGUCCCCCCGGGGCGAGUACAGACGUACUACUGGAAGGUGCCCGAGUACCUCGGACCGGAGACGGACGACCCCAACUGUGUCAUCCGGGUCUACACGUCCGGCACCGACAUCGGGCACGACAUCUACAGCGGAUUGGUGGGACCCCUUGUUGUCUGCAGGAAAGGAGAAAUAAAGAAGAGAACAGCAGUUCGCGAAUUCUUCCUCUACUUCUCCAUCGUGGACGAGAACUUCUCCUGGUACCUGGAAGACAACAUAAAACUGGCGAAGGUCGACCACAAAGUCAACCGCUCGGAAGGACAGUUCUUGGAAUCCAAUAGGAUGUCCAGUAUUAACGGCUUUAUGUACGGGAACGUGCCGGGCCUGGCGAUGUGUAGGGGGGAGGUGAUACGCUGGUACGCCUUCAACCUGGGAACGGAUAUAGAUCUCCAUACUCUCUAUUUCCAUGGUAACAUGUUUGAGAACCACCACCAGCACAAAGUAUCCACGGGGAUGAUAUCCGGGGCCCUGAAGACUCUCAUCAUGUCGCCAAGAAACAUAGGCACGUGGGGUUUACAGUGCCACUCCAACGACCACUUCUUGAAGGGUAUGAGCGCCAUGUACCAGGUGACGGAGUGCCCCGUUCGGUAUCCCACCCUCUCCCCUCGUGUCCAUAGGGGUCGGGAGAGGAUCUUCUACCUCCAGGCGGAGGAGGGCGUGUGGGACUACACCCCACAUCACAUGGACAUGGUGCAGGGGGUGCCAUUCAUCACACCUGACAGGAGAGGGACCGUCUACACAAACCAUACAGGGUAUUUAAUGGGAACAAAAUACAAGAAAAUGUUCUAUAAACAAUACAAGGACAAGAGCUUCAGGUACCCAGUCAAGCGCAAGUCAGACGAGGCAUAUCUUGGCUUUCUGGGACCCGUGAUCUAUCUGGAAGUCGGGGACAUUUUGACAAUAAGGUUCAGAAAUAAAGGUCAGCGUCCAUAUUCCAUUCACCCGGAAGGACUACAGAGUAUCACUGCCCGGCUCGGCCCCUGGAUGCCCAAGCAACGCGACCAGGGUAUUGUUCAACCCGGCAAGACUUUCAGCUAUCAGUGGGAAGUGACAAAAGAUGACGGUCCUGGGCCAUCCGACGCCCCUUGUGUGUCCCGGAUGUACUACUCGGAUGUCGACGCCAUGAAAGACACCAACUCGGGACUUGUGGGACCUCUUGUCAUAUGCAAAAGUGGGAUUUUGGACAAAUACGGAAAAAGAACGGACGUCGAUAGGGAUUUUGUAGCGUAUUUUACAGUGUUGGAUGAAAACUUUAGUUGGUACCUUGAAGAGAAUAUCGCUACCUAUUCACCACGACCAGAUUUGGUGGAUCGUCAUAACAAGAAUUUUACAAACAGCAACAGAAUGCACGUUAUAAAUGGCUUCCUCUACGGAAACCAGCCAAUACCAACGAUGUAUAAAGAUGAAGAGGUUGCAUGGUAUCUGUUGUCUCUGGGGUCACAGUUUGACCUUCAUUCCAUUCAUUUCCAUGGCAACCUUGUUACUGAGUUCAGUGACACGGACAGGAAAAAUGACGUCACUCAGAUCUUCCCGGGAAUGUUCGUAACUGUACGCAUGCGUGCAAUAAAUACCGGCCGGUGGUUGUACCACUGCCAUGUCAACAACCACAUCAAGGCCGGAAUGGAAGGCAUGUACCAAAUCAUGGACAGACAAACAGCAACCUGAUGACGUCAAUACAUGACUCUUUUCUAUGGAUAGGUUAUUCUUUGUAUUUCAGAGCUACUGCAUCAGUUGAAUGCUGAGUAAGCGUAUAAUUUGUGAUGCUUUG